AUGGAACAUUAUUAAAUAGAAAUGGACGUGGUAUCGCCAGCUCUACCUGCAAUGUCAGCUUCCAACAAGUUAAUGUUUCAGUCCCAAGCCACCCCAGCACCACCCAUAUCUCAACUGCAUAUUCAGCUGCCCCUUCGCAUUCCCAAACAAUCUUCGAAAACUACACCACCUCCCACUACUCCCAUUUCCACCAGCAACCCAAGUAGCAGCCACACAACCUCCGACAUUUUGCGCUUAAUGGAUAGCCUUUCCCUUCCCAUACCCCCUGAUAUCUACGCUUCCCUUGUCAAAGAAUGCACCGUCACCCGCCACUCUCGCAGGGCUCUCGAGUUACAUUCCCACAUAAGAAACAGCCGCAUCAAGCCUUCCUUACCCUUGCUUAACCGCCUUCUUCUCAUGCAUGUUUCGUGCGGUCACUUGGACGUUGCCCGUCACUUGUUUGAUCAGAUGUUGCUUAGGGACUUCAACUCCUGGGCGAUCAUGAUUGUUGCAUGUCUCCGCGCUGGUGACUCUGAACAGGCUAUUGCUUAUUUCGUGCUUAUGGAACGCCACAAUUUGUUGUUCAAAUUUCCCUCUUGGAUCAUCGUUUGUCUUCUCAGGUCAUGUGUUGUGACCAAGAAUAUGGGAUUAGGAAAGCAAGUGCAUGGCCAGUUACUCAAGUUGGGUGCUUGCAAUGAUUCGUCUCUAUCUGGGUCCUUAAUCAACUUUUAUGGAAAAUUCAGGUGCCUAGAUGAUGCCGACUUUGUCUUUAAUCAAUUAUCACGACGUAAUACUGUUACUUGGACAGCAAGGAUUGUGAAUAGCUGCAGGGAAGAUCAAUUCGGCAAGGUUGUUGAUGAUUUUAAUGAGAUGGGUAGACAGGGAAUUAAGAAGAAUAACUAUACCUUUUCAGGUGUUCUCAAGGCAUGUGCUAGGAUGGAUGAUGAUGGCAUGUCUGGUCGACAGGUUCAUGCCAAUGCCAUCAAGCUUGGCUUGGAAUCAGAUGUUUUCGUACAGUGCGGAUUGAUCCACCUGUAUGGUAAAUGCGGUUCAGUGAGAGAUGCUGAAAAGGCAUUUGAGAUCGUUGGUGAUAAAAGAAACAUUGCAUGUUGGAAUGCCAUGCUUAUGGGUUAUGUACAGAAUGAGUUGUGUCUUAGGGCUAUUAAGCUUCUGUACCGGAUGAAAGAAGCUGGAAUCAAGGUUCAAGAAUCACUGAUUAAUGACGUUAGGAUUGCCUGUGCUACUACAUAUCGUUGAAUGAGGAAUUGUAAAUCGGUAACUGCGGUAGCAGACCAGUAUAUAAUUGCAAUACUCUGUAUCUGUGUCGACUCUCUCCACAUGUUGCAGAUCCUUAGUCACGCACAUAUAUGCUAUUUUGGUGGAAGCAAUCUUAUUACUCACAAAUGGUAUAAA